CAUUCACAUCGGUUGAGUUGUGUUGAAACGUUCGUAUCACUUGCCAAGCAAAGCUCGGCGAUUCAGAGCUACCUGUGGCAGCGGCAGCAGGAAGCGUAAGCGCAGUGCGGUGCAGUUUGAAUUUACAAUUUUUAGCAAAAGUGAGUUUCAUUUCGAAUUCAAUCUCGGUUCUUCGCUAAGCCUUAUCGCUCGUCAGUUCAUAGCGCAAAUCUGCUGGCCAGCAUGUCCUCCCCGUCGAUGGCAUUCCAGAGCAAGUCACGAAAAUCUUUUAUAGGCAUUUUAUUGCUCACCUUUGUGGCCUUCCUGGCGCAAGGUGUUUGGGCAGCCGACCCGGAUGCGGCGUAUGUGGACAAUGAGCUGCACAAGGACAACGAGUUCCCCAGUCUGGCCAAACGUCCGUCGUUCUUUGUGGGCAGUCGCUAUGGCCGCUCUAGUGGUAAUGGAGCCGUCAGCAAUGGCAUGGGCACCUCGAAGACGCGACGCCUAAUCAUCGUGCCGCGCAACGAUCGAUUCUUUCUGGGCUCGCGCUAUGGCAAACGCAGCGAUGAAUACCUCUCGCCCUACGAACAGAACAGCCUGGGUCUGGGCCUGGCCAAGGCCGAGCGGGAGCCCAACGAAGCCAGCAAUGAGAAGCCCAGCAGCAGAGCUCGAACCAUGUCCUGCGUCUACACGGGCAUCAGCAACUUCUAUCGCUGCAGCAAUGCCAAUUCUGAGGAGCUCAACCUGGGACUGAAUAUGGGACUGGACAACAAUAGUGUAGGCUCGGAGGAUGCCAGCAACAAUGUGAAGUAAGACAUGGCAUGGCAUGACGCAUUCAUUGGCAGACGAUUCUCUGGCUAGUUAAAUAUCCUUGUUAUCCAUUAGCUUCUUAGCUACACCCACACACCCAUACACCCAUACACACACACACAAACACAUUCUUGUAUCUUGUUAAAUGGUAUUAAAAUUUUUAACGGGGCUGGAAAAGUUUUAAUACCCAACAAUAACUGUGUAAAUAAGUAAGCAUACAAUAAAAUAUGAAAAUGCAUAAAUACAUCUGUAUCAAAUAACAUAAUAGGUUUACUGAAUAUAUACAUAUAUACAUAUAUCUAUAUAUGUAUACAUAAUUAUAUAUAUUAACAAAUUGUACUUUAAUGCUUAAUACAGUUCCAUUCAUUGGGUAUAAAGGAUCCUUUAGCUUCGCAUAUGAAUAACCUAUACAUACUUACAUAUGAUGUGAUGAUGUGAUGCAUAUGAACAACUUCCAUUAUGCAUGUAUUACUCUCUUUCGCUCCUAACUAAUAAUGUAAACGUUCAAUAAAGGCAAACAGAUAUAUACAUAAA